AUGGCUGCCAGUUCAGCUGACAACGUGGCUGAAUCCUUUGUGACUGCAAUUAAUAAUCAUCAAAAGUCGAAUCCUUCAAUUUGUGAUGUCCGAAUCAUCAUAUUUCAACCUGACAUGCUUCAGUCAUUCACUGACACAAUUCAAAAAGCACUGGGACAAAAGGCUGGCAAACCUGGGUUUUGGCAUACGGUUACAGAUACUGUUAAAGGCUUUAUUGGCUAUGGCUCUAAACAUGAAGAAACCAGCCUACCAUCUGCUUCAGAUGAUAGUUCUGAAGUUUCUCUGUAUUACUUCUCUGAUGACUAUACAAGCAUUGAUGGAUGCAUUCAGGCAGUAGACAGUUACUGUAGGGAUGAGACCAUCAAGAAAGUAAUUGCAGAUGAAGCUUUGGAACAUUUGAAUCAGUCACAGAGACAAAAGGUUUACAGUCUUAGAAACGAAUUUCAAGUAAGUGUGACAUUCCAGCAAAACCUUGGACAAAUCACCAUAGAAGGAAUGCAACAAGAUGUCUAUAAUGCCUUUGAGGUAGUGCAGAAACUUUUAAGAGAUGUCGACC